UCUCAUCUGCUGCCUCCAACCCACCUAGGACCCCACAGAGCCCUUGGGCGGUAAGACCUGCUGCUCUUCAUUGGGCCACCACCCCUCAUGGGACCAGUCCCCCACCGUCAUAUCUUUAAAAAAAGAAUAACAUUGAUAUGUGACUUGGCCACAUGCCCUCCCACCUGGGCGCAGGCCAGCUGAGGACACAUGAAACCCUGUACUCUGGAACAAAGUAUCUACCUGCUUCUGAGCAUUGACCUCUACGGACACCAGCGGCUUUGGUGUUCCUCUCCACGUCCCCUUCUGCUAAUCUGGAAGACAGAGAGCUUUAGCAAGUCUGUCUCUGGCCCCUAUGGACAUUGAUUUACAGAAAUAAAUAGUGCUGGAGCCUUGCCUUUUAUUCGGCUCAGGUUACUGAGGAAGGAAAAACAAGAGUCAGAAUUGUCGGGCUGUGGACAUCAUGGAUCUCAACCAUAAUCGUUCAGUGAAGCUGAAUGAUGGAAACUUGAUGCCAGUGCUUGGAUUUGGCACGUUUGCUCCAGAUGAGAUUCCAAAGAGCAAGGCUAAUGAGGCUACCAAAAUAGCCAUUGAUGUAGGUUUCCGUCACAUAGAUGCUGCAUACUUAUACCAGAAUGAGGAAGAAGUUGGACAGGCCCUCAGAGACAAGAUGGCUGAUGGAACUGUGAAGAGAGAGGAUUUAUUCUACACCACCAAGAUUUGGGCGACUUUCCUUAGACCAGAGUUGGUUCGUCAGUGCCUGGAGAGAUCACUGAAGAAACUUGGGCUGGAUUAUGUAGAUCUCUGCAUUAUUCAUGUACCGAUUGCUAUGAAGCCUGGAGAGGAACUUCUGCCAAAGGAUGCCAAGGGAGAAAUUAUUUUAGAUGUAGUGGACAUUCGUGAUACAUGGGAGGCACUGGAGAAGUGUAAAGACUUAGGUUUAACCAAGUCCAUCGGGGUGUCCAAUUUCAACCACAAACAGCUGGAAAUGAUUCUGAACAAACCAGGGCUAAAGUACAAGCCCACUUGCAACCAGGUAGAAUGUCACCCAUAUCUCAACCAGAGCAAACUCCUGGAGUUCUGCAAGUCCAGAGAUAUUGUUCUAGUUGCCUACAGUGCCCUGGGAUCCAGCAGAGACCCAACCUGGGUAAGCAGUGAUAGCCCAUACCUCCUGGAGGAACCUAUCUUAAAGACCAUUGCCAAGAAACACAACAGAACUCCAGGCCAGGUUGCCCUGCGCUACCAGCUACAGAGGGGUGUGGUGGUUUUGGCCAAGAGCUUCAAUGAGAAGAGAAUCAAAGAGAACUUUGAGGUGUUUGAUUUUGAAUUGACCGCAGAGGACAUGAAAGUUAUUGAUGGCCUCAACAGAAAUUAUAGAUAUGAUAGUAUGCCAUUUGGAUCACCCUUACUAUCCAUUUUUAGAAGAAUAUUGAGCAUGAGCUGUUAAACAUUACAGAGACUCUCCUCCCUCCAAACAAUAUGUAUCUGUAUUUGGUGGAGUGGUUGAGAAGCAGGAUUCCUGCUCCAUGUGCUUGUCAAAUGUUACAAAAAUCUCAAGUGUUUUUUUCCCGAUGAUUAAAAAAAAUAACAAACAAAUUACAGAGAAUUUAUUAAACAAAAAGAAAUAUUUGAUGUAUCUUUCUUGAUUUUUAUGUAAUUUCAUGACUGCAUUGUUAUUUACAAAAUUAGAAUCAAUUUCAACACAUGGAUCAUAUACUUUUAAAUGUAUUUUUUUCAAAUUAUUAAACUAUAAUCAAGAAUUUUAGAGCGCUUAUGGUUGUAAAGAAUAGGUCUCACUAACAUUUGAUUUCUUAGUUAUCAAAGCAGGUUUGAGAGUGGGAUGCAUUACUUUCUUUUAUUCCCUAACAAAAUUUUGUUGAUUAUCUUUUUUCUCUCCCAGGCAUUGCUUUAUAAUAAAUUAGGAAAAUUUAUACUAAGUUUACAUAUAAAUAUUUUAAGUGAGGAGUUUUGUUGAGAUAAAUGGAGUAGAGGAAGACAAGGGAGAGAGAGAGAAGGAGAGAUAGAGAGAUAAAUAGAUAGAAAGAACAUUUUGAGUAUAAACGUCUACUGGAAAAAGUAGGCUACUAACAAAUUAAAACCUGAAGUAUUCAGUGAGAAAUGGGGAGGAGGUGGACUGGCGAAGGCUCAGCAGCUAAGAGGGUUUACUGUUCUUGCGAUGUGCUUCACAGCACACAUGUUGGCACUGCACAAUUGCAUGUAACUCUGCCUCCAGGACACCUAAGUUCAUCUUUUGGCCUCUUUGGGCACACAUAUUCAUGUGCACUUACC